AUGAAAGCUUCAAUCUCCACCUUUUCGAUAUUAGUUUUAUUAUCAAUUUCAUUGGUCACAUCUGACGAUUCAGUUGAUUUCGAUAGUUUUCUUCAAUGUCUUCCUACACAUUCCGACCAUUCUUUUCCGAUUGCAGAUGCUAUAUUAACGCCCAACAAUUCAUCUUUCGAAUCUAUUUACCAGCAACGUGCUAAUAACAUUCGAAUAGUCUUGUCUACAACCUCGAGACCUGCGGCCGUUAUAACCGCGCUGCAUCCAUCCCAUGCUCAAGCCACCGUCGUUUGCGCCAAGCGUCAUGGUUUUCAAGUAAGGAUUCGGAGUGGCGGCCAUGAUCUCGAGGGACUUUCUUACACUUCCGAAGUUCCAUUUGUCAUUCUUGACAUGUUCAAUCUCAGGUCUAUCGAUAUUGAUAUGGCGAGUGAGACGGCGUGGGUUCAGGCCGGUGCCACAACCGGUGAACUUUAUUACAGAAUAGCCGAGAAAAGCAAUGUCCAUGGGUUCCCAUCUGGUGUUUGCACCACUCUUGGCAUUGGUGGACACUUUAGUGGAGGUGGUUAUGGGUUCCUUAUGAGAAAAUAUGGACUCUCCAUAGAUAAUGUCAUCGACGCACAGUUGAUCGACGCCAAUGGUAGGAUCCUUACCCGUGAAUCAAUGGGAGAAGAUGUGUUUUGGGCGAUAAGAGGAGGUGGAACAACCAGCUUUGGGAUCAUCCUUUCAUGGAGGGUCAAGCUGGUCCGCGUUCCACCUAGGGUUACAGUAUUCACCGUGCAAAGGACAUUGGAGCAAGGCGCAACUGACCUCGUUUCUCGUUGGCAACAAGUUGCUCCUAGACUGCCCAAAGAUCUCUUUAUUAGUCUACAGUUUGAGCCUAUUAACAAUGGCGGUAACAAUAAAACCGUUAGGGUUUCAUUCAUUGGUCAUUUUCUAGGACAAACUGAGGGACUUAUACGAUUGAUGAAUGCAAACCUUCCCGAAUUGGGUUUACAACGAAGUGAUUGUUUGGAGACGAGUUGGGUAAAAUCCACCGUAUAUUGGGCUGGUUUCGCCAACGGAACCUCCAUUGAUGUGUUGCUCAAUAGCGUACCAGCGAACACAAUGUUGUACAAAACCAAGUCCGAUUACUACAAAGCGGUGAUUCCUGAACAUGGGUUGGAGACGUUGUGGGAAGUGCUGAUGGACAUUGGGAACGUCAUUGUCAUAAUGAACCCUUACGGAGGGAGAAUGGAUGAGAUUUCAGAGUCGGAAACUGCGUUUGCACACCGUGGCGGGAACUUCUUCAUGGCCCAAUACACGGUGCACUGGUCUGAGUCCGACGGAGGCAUCAGUGCAGAAGGUCGUUACGUUGAUCUGUCGAGGAGGUUUUUCCGCACAAUGGCACCAUAUGCAUCGAGCAACCCGAGGGCAGCGUUAGUCAACUAUCGGGAUCUCGACAUCGGCAGCAACGAAAGCGGUGAGACGGAUUUGGAGGUUGCGAAGGGAUACGGAGCCAAAUAUUUCAAGAACAAUUUCAUGAGACUUGCAGGUGCGAAAGCCAUGAUAGACCCUGAAAAUUUCUUCAAGAAUGAGCAGAGCAUACCGCCAUUGAAAUAA